GGUCUGCGGCUGCCGAAGCUACUUCCGCCUUGAGCCCCGGUGCAUUCUGGGAAUCGCUGUCUUCACAAAUUUAUAUUUAACCUUUUUUUUUCGCCAACACGGCACAAAAGCUGACUGCGCUCAUGUAACACCGACGAAGAGGUGACAACACGAAUAACCAAAGACGAUUGGUGUCGGUGGAAGUCGGUUAAAGUGUAUAAAUAGCACGCACGUAAGUGAGAGCGGACUCCAAAGACCGUCGGCGCCCUGGAGGACGGAGGCACUGCAAACGUCAACACAAGUCCAGGAACAUGAAAAGAUCGGGUGACAGUGAGGGGGAGAAGAGAAGAAAGAAGCGGAAGUUACUGCUGGAGUUGGGAAACCAAAAGAUCCCCUUUUUCGGACCUUCUGAUCAGGGCUUCCAGAAACUGUGGGACUCUAGUUACCCCGGUCUGGUUUUGAGAAGAUCCUGCUCUCUUCCCGCUGAGCUUCACUGCCAGGUCCAGGCCGCUCUGCUCACCAUGAGAAAGAAAGGCUGCCUCUUAAGGGAUCUAGUCCGCGUCCGAGACCGGGAAGUCUUUACUUCGGUGUCACGGGCCCUGCUGGGUGAGCCGGGCCACACCUAUCGCUACUUGGACACCAGGCUCUUUGCCAUCCCUUGGCACAGCGAGGACACUGGGAAUAAAGGACAGAACUGUUGCGACGCGGAUCUGAGGACGGCCUGCAGAGGAUUGUGGGAGCUAAACCUCUUCUUCCGUUCGGACGUGAGUCAGCUAAAAGAAGGAGACAGGCUGGCGCAAUGCGUUAAGGCGAAGGCGACAGUUGAGGCUAAGGUGAGCGAGGAGGCUGAAACGGAGUCCAGAAAUAGCGACGAUUCCAAGAACAGCGAAGGAGGGGAGUCGGAGUACAGGCAGAGCGAAGAGGGGGACACGGAGUCCAAGCACAGCGACGAAUGGGACGUGGAGUCCAAACACAGCGAUGAAGGUUGCUCCGGGUCAAAAAGGGAAGGCGACUGGGAGACGGGGUCCAGAAAAAGCAGCGAGGAGGGAGAAUCCUCACAAGGCAAAGAAGCAGGUGUGGAAGGAGCAUGUCCCACCUGGGCAACAGAAGACCGAGUGGGCGUCCCUGUGGCUCACCUCAAGCACAGUCCGUCAGACUACCACAUUGAGGACAAGGAGGGGCUGCAAGUGGGCUGCUCCGAGCCCAGUCCUCCGAAGGUACGCACCGCAUCCACCAAGUUUAACGUCACCUUGCUCAACUACAUGGACCCGGCGUCCAUGAGCCAGCUCAAAGAAGAGCCCUACUACGGCAUGGGGAAGAUGGCGGUGGGGUGGCACCACGACGAAAACCUGAUCAGUCGUUCGCCCGUGGCCGUCUACAGCUACAGCUGCAACGACUACAAAGGCGAGAGCAGCGAAGGCGGCGCAGGCGAGAAACCGAGCUGGAGGAUCGGGCUGAAGGUAGCCUGGGACAUCCACACACCUGGCCUGACGCUGCCCCUGGAGUCUGGAGACUGCUAUUAUAUGAGAGAUGACCUGAAUAACACCCACCAGCACUGCGUCCUGGCAGGAGACGCCCCACGCUUUAGCUGCACCCACAGAGUAGCCGAGUGCGCCACUGGGACUCUGACCUACAUCCAGUCUCGGUGCGGAGAGGCCCUUUCCAACCUGCACACGUACCCGGAGAGCGGCUCCCACAGCCUGGUGACCUUGCGGCCAGCCACCCUGCAAAACUGUGAGGAGAUUCACAAUGAGGUGGAGUUCGAGUGGCUGCGACAGUACUGGUUUCAGGGCCGGCGCUACACCCGCUUCUGCAGCUGGUGGAGCAAACCCAUGGAGGAUCUGGAGAAGGAGUGGAAGCUCAUGGAGACCAUGACCAUGCUGUUCUUGGCUAAAGUGGAGGACGAGGGACAAGCCGGGGAGGACAGGCGGGACAUGGCAGAGAUUCUUGUGGCUGCUUUGAUUGACAGACACCAGCAAAGACAGACAUGGAGAGACAGGUGCCACUCCAGCCUGGCCCAGACGUUGCCCCCCGAGGAGGCCCCGGUCGAUCGUCCCUUCUGGGGCGUGGACGACCCCGACAUGCCGCUGCCCUUUGACCUGGCCGACAUCAUCAACAGAGUGGAGUCGCUGCUGUGGAGGAUGUAAAGCAGCCAUGUAAGGACAUCAAAAAAACACACCAGCUUUUCCGAGCGAGCCCAACGAGAGCCGAUUGCAGACGACAAAUCCAAGAAGAAUUUUGGAUGGGUUCACGUCCAUCCCGACAGAUUGACCUACGUGGGCCCCGAAAGGGCCCCGGUAUAACACCCCCGAAUAGCGCUUUCGUGACAUGCUAACAACGCCAGCUCAGCAUCAAGCUACCAGUGUAACCACAUUUCAAUGUGUAGCUAUUUAUUAUUGUUACGAUUUAAUAGCAGCACUUAAUCUCAUAUAACCUCGCUGUCAUCAACUUGUCAGUAUUCACAUGAAAGGCUUUUAUUAAUUAGUCACAGUGGUGGUAUGAAAAACAGCAGGUUAAUAUUAUUUGUCCAACGGCCCCCGUUUGACCCCAGACCGACCAAAGAAAGAAUCCACUGAAACAGUGAGUCAGACCAAUGAAGGAGUGAGAGUGGCUUCCGAAAAGCUCAUGUUCUAGUCAGCAUUCUAGCCGUCACAACUUGGGCUAAACUUUUUCUCAUUAUUUUGUAAUGAUUUUGGAUGGCAUCUGUCUGAUCUACUAUUUAUUUGGAAUAGGAUCAAACACAAGUCAGCCAUAGAAGCUGGAGAAGGCAAAUGUACGUGCAUGAGUUCUAUUCAGCGCUCUAUCACCUGCAGUUGUCAACUCCAAUGAUUUUGAAUCCCGUCUCUAUGAUUGGAUAAGAACCUGAUGCUCUCUUCCUUCAUGUUUGAUUUCUUGAUAGAUCAUGAUAACAUAGAGAUGUUGUUUCUAUUUAAAACAGCCCUGAUUGCACUCCUUUUUGUUUUGUUCUUUUUUUGAAGUUUUUGUUGUUGUUGUUGCUGCUGCCAAACAGUUCUUCUUUCGCUGUUGUCAGUUUUUUUCCGCACUCUGUGCGCUUUACCUUCCUUGCCACAGCUUUGUGCGUCUGACGCGGUAAGACUGGUAGAAAAUGCAAUUAAACAGUGUUCUAUCCCUGCA